GCGGCCGUUGGGCGGGCGUGAGGAGAGCCCUGGCCGCCUAUGGCGGGGGCUGAGGGGGCAGCGAGAGCUCCCUGCCGGGGCUGUACCUCGGGUCCUUCGGGCAGGGUGCUGCGGGCACCGGCCCUGGCCCGUUAGAGGAACCGUCCCUGUGAGAAUUUUGUGGCAGUGAUGCUCAUUGCCGCGUUUGGAGUAACUUUGUUGAAGUACUCGGUGGUGAAAUCUUGCAGGCGAUGGCCCCUGGAAGCAAAUUUAAGAACUCUGAAAUGAUAUUGCCAUGUGAAUGGGAAGAAUGCCUCUUUGUAGGAAAACGCAUGGAGGAGUUUUGUGAUCACGUUGCAGGACACUUGAAAGAGUAUCUACAGCACCCCCUGGAAACAGCAGAGCAUUACCGGUGUUGGUGGAGAAACUGUGAAUUUGGGGCGAAAGAUCCCAGAGAGCUGAUAACACAUGUCAAUUUUCACAGUUACCACACCAAACUGAAAUUCGUGGGCUCUCGGUUACGGGCAUUGCACCGCGACUUGCCAGCGUGUUUGCUGACCAGCCGUAGCUGGCAUCAGUUACCACAGACCUCAGAGGAGUUUGUCUGCAAUUGGGAGAACUGUAAUGUUACUUUCAAUAAUCCAGAGUGGUUCUAUCAACACGUUGCUCAUCAUGCUUACGCUACUGAGGAAAAAACUGUUACAGAUCAGAAGAAAGCUGUUUAUUGUCACUGGAAAGACUGCUUAGGAGUAUUUAAAGGCAAGCACAAGCUAUGGGAUCAUUUAAGAACCCACACGCAAGAAAGAGUUGUAGCGUGUCCUACUUGUGGAGGAAUGUUCUCCAAUAACACUAAGUUUUUUGAUCAUGUAAAGAGACAAGUUUCAGAAGAUAAACAAAUAUUUGUUUGCCAGAACUGUCACAAACAUUUUGCCAGUGAAAGGCUGCUACGAGAUCACAUGAGGGUACAUGUUAACCGUGUUACGUGCCCGCUUUGUGAUGCAGUAUGCACAAGUGUCUCCUCACUGAAAGCACACACCAGAUACCGACACUGUGAUGAACGUCCUUUCCGUUGUCACCUCUGUGACAGCAGUUUUAAGAACACAUAUGAUCUGCAUAAGCAUGUUGAAACACACAAUGAUUCAGAUGCCUACAGCUGUGAUGUUGAAGGAUGUGGUUUUACUUCACGGACUUCACAAACUUUGAAACAGCAUUACAAGAGAGCACAUGUGAGUAAUGGUAUUCUGAGAUACAAAUGCCACAUCUGUCAGAAAUGUUUCUGCUGGAGUUAUUCAUUGACCCUACAUCUUCGAAAAGCACACAAUCUCAGCAGUCAUUCUCGUUUCAGGUAUAAAGAAGAUGAUGAGGGUCACAUGAGUUUGAAUUUAGCAGUAUUUAAUGCUGUCACAGGCUUAGGUCAGACUCUUAAUAACAAGAUGAUAAUAAGUAAGUCACCAGUAAGUCAAAAUAGUUUGGGAAGAGAAGGAGGGGACUCUUGCGAAAGAGAGACUUCAACAACAGAGAUACUUCCCAUGCAACUUCAGCCAUGGUCACAAGCUACUGGAGAAAAUGUUCUGGUAGAAGCAGAGUCUUCUAUACUGGAGCCGGUGUACUCGGAACUUCAGACUGCAGUACAGACAUUUGAAAGCUGUUCUACUUCCUCUAGAGUUGAUGAAGCCACACCAGUGAAUGUGAAGGAAAAACUAAUAGAAAUUGACCUGGGCUUGGGAAUUCAGAUGGCUUUCUAGUAAAACGGUGUUUUUGUGGAUUUAUCUGUGAAAAGCAUACUCUUCAGAAGAGGUGUAUUUAUUUAUUUAUUUUUUUUAAGCAAAAAAUAUAAGAAGUUUGCACUUUUAUCCUUGUCAAAAUCUUGUGUAUAAUACUGUCUUUUCUCUGCUUUCAUGUUAAAUUAUUCUAAUGUGCUUAGAGUUUAUAUAUGCAAGACACACACAAUAUUAUGCACAUAUAAUAUGUUCAUUAAUAACCCUUUGGAGAAGAAAGUUUUAAGUUUCACAUAUUCAUAUAGCAUAUAUAUGUGUGUGUGUAUUUAUUUAUUUAUAAAACAAAUAUAGCCCUUGGGGGAAAGCAUUGACACAAUACACAAGACAAAGUUUGAAAUGGUAGGGAAUACAUCCCAUUAUUGAUUACUCCACUACGUUAUUUAUUAGAAAUCAGAUAACAGCUUGUGUGAUAUAUAUAUAUAUAUAUAUAUAUAUAUAUAAGUUACAUUUCUUAGCUUUAUAGACUUUAACAUUAUUUCAAGAGUUAUUACAGAGACAAUUUUAUAAUGGACUUUUAAGCUACAAUGCACUGUUAAAUGAAUGCAUUAAAACGAAAACAAUGGCUAUGUAUAAAUAAAACAGUUAAAGAUGAUUUUAGGAUUUAUGUAGAGUUUGCUGUAAUUGAAAUUUUAUAGCUUUUUAUUGGGUGCUGCAGGUACAAUGACAAGAAAGCAGAUGAAUGAUAUUGGCAGCAUAGCUAAAAAUGCCUUCUUCGUUUCCAUAAAUAUUUCCACAUAGCCAUGGUUAUCCUGACCCACUAGGAAAAGUGCUUGCUAAAACAUUAUUAAUCUGAUUCUUGUAUUAAGGGCAC